UCAUUAUUCUGAUGGAAUUAAACUAUUGCUUGUUUUGUGAGAAGAGACUUUUGGAUGAUAAUAGGGUCUUUUGUUCACUUGCUUGUGAAGCAAAUGAAGCAUCAAAAUCAACUAUUUAUAAUCCAAUAAGCUCAAAUCAAUACCAAUUAUCAUAUUAUAGAAAUUGUCGUCCAACAUUAUUUUAUAAUAAAAAAAAAUUACCAUCAGAAAAUAGAUCAAAUCCUUCAAUUUUCUUUAUUCACUCUUCUUCUUUAUAAACUACUAUUAUUCCUUUAUCUCUUUCUGAUCUUAAUAUGCCUUAAAGAAUU